GGGGCGGGUCCCGCCUGCUCUUCCUCCCUCCUUGCGGAUCCUGCGCCGGAGGAGACGCACGCUGCUGACUUUGUCUUCGUGCAGCCCUUACCACUCUCUGGAGAACUUUCUCUCCCCUGGGCACAAUGGCAACUCUUAAGGAAAAACUGAUUGCACCAGUUGCUGGAGAGGAGGGAGCGAUCCCAAACAAUAAGAUCACUGUAGUGGGCGUUGGACAAGUUGGUAUGGCGUGUGCCAUCAGCAUUCUGGGAAAGUCUCUGACUGAUGAGCUUGCUCUUGUGGAUGUUUUGGAAGAUAAACUCAAAGGAGAAAUGAUGGACCUGCAGCAUGGGAGCUUAUUCCUUCAGACACCGAAAAUUGUGGCCGACAAAGAUUACUCUGUCACUGCCAAUUCCAAGAUCGUGGUGGUAACUGCAGGAGUUCGCCAGCAAGAGGGGGAGAGCCGCCUGAAUUUGGUGCAAAGGAACGUUAACGUCUUCAAGUUCAUCAUUCCUCAGAUUGUCAAGUACAGUCCUGACUGCAUCAUCAUUGUGGUUUCCAACCCAGUGGAUAUUCUCACAUAUGUUACCUGGAAACUAAGUGGAUUACCCAAGCACCGUGUGAUUGGGAGUGGAUGUAACCUGGAUUCUGCUAGAUUUCGCUACCUUAUGGCUGAAAAACUUGGCAUUCAUCCCAGCAGCUGCCACGGAUGGAUUUUGGGGGAACAUGGCGACUCAAGCGUGGCUGUGUGGAGCGGAGUGAAUGUGGCAGGCGUUUCUCUCCAGGAACUGAACCCAGAAAUGGGAACAGACAAUGACAGUGAAAAUUGGAAGGAAGUGCAUAAGAUGGUGGUUGAGAGUGCCUAUGAAGUCAUCAAGCUAAAAGGAUAUACCAACUGGGCUAUUGGAUUAAGUGUGGCCGAUCUUAUUGAAUCCAUGUUGAAAAAUCUAUCCAGGAUUCACCCAGUGUCAACAAUGGUGAAGGGCAUGUAUGGCAUUGAGAAUGAAGUCUUCCUGAGCCUUCCAUGUAUCCUGAAUGCUCGAGGGUUAACGAGUGUUAUCAACCAGAAGCUGAAGGAUGAAGAGGUUGCCCAACUCAAGAAAAGUGCAGAUACCCUCUGGGGCAUCCAAAAGGACCUAAAGGACCUGUGACUUCUGGCUGCAAGGCUGUAGAAACUUAAAACUACAAUUUGAUUAACCACGAGCCUUUAGUUUGCAUCCAUGUACAUGGAGCACAGUUCGCUUUUGUCUUCCUAAGUCUGUGAAUCUGGGCUCCCAGAAUCAAAGCCCAUGCUUGCUUUAAUACUUGCAAGAUGAGUCCUUGAACAAAUAAAAUAAACCACCUAGCGUAGUGUG